AUGGGCAGCUCUUGGCCCGUCACCGCACGUGGCAGGUGGCUGGCAGACAAGAGUCAUACCUCCCGAAGCAGCCACACAGCCUUGCGUCAUCCCGCUACCGGAGAGGCUGCUCCAGUUGGCGAUCGCUACAACAAGGAGCCAAUUCCGGACGAGGAGUGGUGGCUGCGAGGAAACAACCGAUCCAAGCUUCUGACCACCGCCCCCUUCACCUUCUAUGAUGGCAACCCGCUGGCGAAGAAGAACUUCCAGGCGCAGUGUGUGGGACCAGACCACUCGCGACGAGUGGCGCAGCAGCUGGGCCGGAUCGGCCACAGCUUUUCAGAGGCCAACCUGCAGGUCCUGAAGGAGGACCCACAGGCGCGGCGCUACAUGUCCCAAAAGUACGCGCAGCUGAUGCAACGCCCACAAGCGGUUACCAGCCAGUCAGAGUCGGAGAUCCGACCGCAGAAAAGUCAAAGGAGUACAGAGGAUAGAAACCGAAAGACGCGGCUUGGCCAAUUGGCGUCAACUGGCCUGAAGCUUCCCAAAGCUGAGCUGAGGCAAACAAUGGACGGCAAAAAUGUCAUAAUGCUGCCGAAUCCACGCCUGCCUCGCGAUAAUGUCAAUAUGGAGAUUCACAAUCCUAUGCCGCCGAUUCUUGGGCGUCCCAAGUUCCAGUACACCUUUGACUACAAUGGUGAGCGCCUGGCAAUGUAG